AUGAAGAUGAAAGACUUUUUAAGGUCAGGAAACAUGGCAGGAUCCAUGGCACGGUAUAGAGCUGGCCUUACUCCGUUAAGAUCUUCAUUACGAACUAGAAAUUUACAAAGCAUCCGAUUGAUUUCUCAAUCAUCAGCUACUUCACAGACAAAUGGAAAAUUGUUUGGAAUCUUAGCACUUUCUGGAGGGCUUGUUACAUCAGGAAUAUUCGUUUAUAAGUCUACAAUCUUUAAUGAUAUUUUACAAAAUGUUCCCCGUCGAGCCAUUGAUACCAGCAUCCAUGAAUUACAUCCUGAAAAGGAUGCAGAAACUUAUGAGAUGGGACUUUUCGAGGCAUCUAAGAAGGAAGAACAUGACCAACAAGUGGAAUAUCGUCGUCAAAGGUUAUACGAAGGGAAUUUCAUAUCUAGAGUGUGGUUCAGAGUGAAAUUCCUUGUAUAUGAUUACUUUGUUGACCCAAGUAUUACCUUUUGUAGAUUUAUUGAACUUUCAUGUCUCUUUUUACCAGUACUUUUGAGUGCACCAAUUUGUUGGUUUGGAAAACGUGAUAGGAAAACUGGCCAACAUAUUAGAUCUGGAGCUCAAUUAUGGUUUAAAUAUUUAAGAUGGUCUGCCGAAAUGGCUGGUGCAUCUUUUAUUAAACUUGGACAAUGGGCAGCUUCAAGAACUGAUAUUUUCCCCAAGGAAAUGUGUGAUGAAUUAGGUAACUUGCACUCAAACGCUAAGCAACAUCUGUUGAAGGAGACCAAGAGAAUUAUCUCUCAAAGUUUUGGAAAUAUGCCAUUUGAAGAGAUUUUUGAUGAAUUUAAUGAAAAGCCUCUUGGUGUAGGAGCGAUUGCACAAGUUUAUAUUGCUAAACUUUCGAAUAAGGCAUUACAAAAGGCAAACCAAGAAGAUUUAGAACAGAAAUACCACAAAGAAACAACUAAUAAAGCUGAGCAAUAUUUUGAGAAAGUAUUAGUUACUAAACAUAGUGAUCCAUUGACAUCAAAUCAACGUGUUGCAAUUAAAGUAUUGCAUCCAAAAGUUGAAGUGAAAAUCAAUAGGGAUUUAAGAAUUAUGAAGUUUUUCGCUAAUAUCAUCAAUGCUAUUCCAACUAUGGAAUGGUUAUCAUUACCUGACGAAGUUGAACAAUUUUCAUUAUUGAUGAGAUUACAAUUAGAUUUAAGAAUUGAAGGUUUGAAUUUGGUUAAAUUUAGAGAAAAUUUCAAAAAUAGAUUGGAUAUUCAUUUCCCUAAACCAUAUAUCAAUUUUACUACUAGAGAAGUUUUAGUGGAAGAAUUUAUGCAUGCUAUUCCAAUGAGUAAGAUGUUAUCAUUGAAGGAUAAUUUUGGUAAGAAUUUAUCCAAAGAAAUUAGUGACAAAGGAUUGGAUGCAUUUUUAAAGAUGUUGAUUUUAGAUAACUUUGUACAUGCAGACCUUCAUCCUGGUAAUAUGAUGGUUAGGUUCUACAAGAAUGAACAUUUCAAACAUGAAAAGGAAUAUAAGAUUGUUAAAUCAAGUAAUGAACAAGAAACCAAUAAGAUCACCAAUGAGUUAUUGGCUUUAGGGGAUGAUAAUAAGGCAUGGUGUGCCAGACUCUCCAGUUUAUAUGAAGAAGGAUAUCAUGCAGAAAUCUGCUUUUUAGAUGUUGGAUUAAUUACUGAAUUAAAUCAUAAGGAUAGAGUUAAUUUCAUUGAUUUAUUCAAGUCCUUAAGUGAGUUCGAUGGAUAUAAGGCUGGUGAAUUGAUGAUUGAAAGAUCAAGAACUCCUGAAACUGCAAUUAAUAAAGAAAUUUUUGCAUUAAAGGUUGAAAAAUUAGUUGAUAGAAUGAAGGAAAGAACAUUUACUUUGGGAAAUAUUAGUAUUGGAGACUUGUUGGAUCAAGUUUUGGGCAUGGUUCGUACACACCAUGUUCGUAUGGAAGGGGAUUUCAUUACAGUCAUUGUUGCUAUCUUACUUUUAGAGGGUAUUGGAAGACAACUUGACCCAGAAUUGGACUUGUUUGCAAGCGCGUUACCUGUUCUUAGAAGACUUGGUGUUCUGAAAGAAGGUCGUGAGAUUCUCAGCAAUGAAAAUUCGCUCAGUAUGAUAAAAGUCUGGUUGGCUUUAGAGGUCAGACUGUUUAUUAAUGCUUCAAUUCAAGACAUACAUUCAUUAGUUAAGGCAGACAUGCUUAGUCCAAAUAUUUAA